AUGGAGGACGAGAAUGGCCAUUUCACGCCGACGAUGUUCGUGAAAGUGCACAAGCAAGGAUGCGCCAUUGCGAGGAAGAUCAACUUGAAAGCUCAUGACAACUAUGAAUCGCUCCGUCGUGCUCUCGAGGAGAUGUCUCGCAACUUCCUCUCGAAUCCUUAUCAGCCAUAUAUCCAAUCAGAGGAAGCGCAGAACGAGGAGGUCGAUACUGGUGACUUCGUAAUUCUUUACGAGAACCACCAAGGCAACCGAAUGCUCAUUACUGAUGCUGCCUGGGAGGUGUUCAUCAACACAGCGAGAAGGCUUUACAUCGUCAAGAAUCCAGAAGCUGCAGUAACCGGCAAGGUGGUGGUGGAGGAGGAACUACUCAUCUCUUCAUCUCAAGUUAUGUUCGGUGGAUGUUUUAUGUACAACGGAGGAGAGUCGAGCAGCAGCUGA